ACUUGGUCCAACGAGAGGAGAAAAUGUGGAUCGUGCUUCAUCUGCUGCUCCUGCUCCAAAGUGGAGCAUGUACAGGUGCUUACACCUUUUCCACUCUGACUGUUGGACCUGGACAAAAUGUCAGUCUGAUAUGUUCCUUCGAGGAUAUUAAAACUCAGAACAUCUUAUUUUGGAUCCGAUUUGUUUCUGGAACCUUUCCUGACAUUUUAGCUACAAUGGCAUCUUACAGCUCUGCUGAACGUGGAACAUCAAAUGCUGGACAUCGCAUCACAGCCAAAAAAGAGCAAGGAAAAUUUGUACUGCAAAUUAGUCAAGUAGAGAAAAGUGAUUCGGCGAUCUACUAUUGUUUAAAUGUACAACAAUAUACGAAUACCAUGAUGUUUUUGAAAGGAACGUUCCUUCAGGUCACAGAACCAGAACCCUCCGUGUCUGUUGUCUCUGAAGUCCAACCAGGACCGCCUGUGAAGUUGCAGUGCUCAGUCCUCUCCCACUCUGGGAAUGAAACCUGUCAGGAUGGACACAAAGUGUCCUGGUUCAGAACUGGACCAGAAAGUGUCCAUCCCAGCUUUGUUUACGCUGAUGACGAAUGCAAGGAGAUCAAAGAUAAGUCCACACAGAAAUGUGUCCACACUUUGUCAAAGAACGUCGACUCCUCUGAUGCUGGAACUUACUUGUGUGCUGUGGUCACAUGUGGGAGGAUUUUCAUGGGAACUCCAAUAAAAGUCAACAACACCCAAGAUGGUUGCAACUGUGAUUCAAACAAUUAUGUUAUCUUUGUCUUGAGUGCUGCUCUGGCCUUAAGUUUCAUCAUGUCAGCCUUCCUCAUCAACAAAAUCAGGACAAAACAAUGUUUUUGCUGCAAAGCUGGUCCACAAACACUCAAUGAAAGGUUCAGUCACGUCCAGCAGAGAGACGAGGACUCUUUGGUUUAUUCCAUGCCGACCAUUGUCUCCAGGAAAACUGACUUACCGGAACCAGGACAAUCUGAAGGUCUGCUGUUGGGUUUCUUGAGUGCUGCUUUGGCCUUAGGUUUCAUCAUGUCUGCCUUCCUCAUCCACAGGAUUAGGACGAAAAAGUGGUUUUGCCACAAAGCUGGUCUACAAACACUCGAUGAAACGUCCAGUCGUGUCCAGCAGAGAGACGAGGACUCUUUGGUUUAUGCCGUGCCGACCAUCGUCACCAGGAAAGCCGGCAAAGCGAGGCAGACAAAUACGAGGGCAGCACAGGAAUUCAGCACGUACGCCGACGUCUAUCUUUGUGACUCAGUUCUCACGAUGCAAAAUUAAAAAGUGAUCUGACACAGCAAAGAGACUCUGGAAAUUAUCGUAGGUUAAAAGUUGCACUAGGCUGCAUUUGCACGUGUGGUUCGGUGCUCUGGUCUGGAACCAACAAUCCCAAAAAUAUACUGCAGUUUUCUUGGAGUUCACACUGUUUUAUUUUGACAUUUUGGCUGUGCAGUGAAGAACAUAUGCAUAAAGUAGAGACUUGAACAACAAUAUGUUUUAUUGUAUCUUUGUCCCCUUUGUUUACUUCCAACAUGCAUGUGUAUACAUAUGAUAAUGCAAUGGUAAUAACUGCAA